UGUGAGAAGUGCAACAAAAAGGUGGACACGGUGAAGCGUCUCCUCAUCAAGAAGCUCCCGCCGGUGUUAGCCAUCCAGCUGAAGCGCUUCGAUUACGACUGGGAGCGCGAGUGUGCGAUUAAGUUCAACGAUUACUUCGAGUUCCCUCGUGAGCUGGACAUGGAGCCCUACACGGUGGCAGGCGUGGCGAAGCUGGAGGGUGACGAGGUUCCGCCGGAGAGCCAGGUCAUCGCUGAGAACUCUGAUCCGAACAGCAGCUCCCGCUAUCGGCUCGUGGGUGUGCUGGUGCACUCGGGGCAGGCCAGCGGCGGACACUACUACUCUUAUAUCAUGCAGCGGCACUGUAAUGGCAGCGACGGACUGAAGGACCGCUGGUACAAGUUUGACGACGGCGACGUGACGGAGUGUAAGAUGGACGAUGACGAGGAGAUGAAGAACCAGUGCUUCGGUGGAGAGUACAUGGGCGAGGUGUUCGACCACAUGAUGAAGCGCAUGUCGUACCGGCGGCAGAAGCGCUGGUGGAACGCCUACAUUCUGUUCUACGAGCGCAUGGACGCAGCAGGGGGCGACGGAGAGCUGCUGAAGUACAUCUCCGAGCUGACGCUCGCGCCCCGGACGAACCAGCCUAAAAUGCCCUUGGCCAUCGAGGCCAGCGUUCGCAAACAGAACGUGCAGUUCAUGCACAGCCGCAUGCAGUACAGCCUCGAGUACUUUCAGUUCGUUAAGAAACUGCUGACCUGCAACAGCGUCUACCUGAACCCUCCUCCAG